CGAAUGGCACUGAGCUAAUCGUAAUUCCUAGUGGAAAUUUUUAAGACACCAUGAACGGUAACCAGUUUCUGACAACUUUGAAGAAGUUGGGUUAUCCACAAGCCAGUAAUUUAGAUGCCCAAACAUUUGAUUGGAUAUUUGAAAAUGAUGCAGUCUUACCAUUUUUAGAAUGGUUUUGUGACCAUGCCCAUGCACUGAAUGUUUUACAGGAUAGAGAACUAAGAGAAUACAGAUCUCUAGAGGAAUCCACUGGAGUGCUGGAAGGUCCACAGUUACAAGAUGCAUUGAACAGCAUUGAAGGAGCCGAGGAUGACAUUCCAGUUGCUGAAUUGAGAGAGCAUGUAAACUCUAUGAAGAUGGAGCUAGAUUUAUGGAGGGGAAGAAAGGAAAGUAUACUGAGGCAGAGAAACAAGCUAAGUUUACAUAACACUUCUGUCAACCACAAGCUAUCAAAGCUGGGACCCAUGGAAACUGUUGCCAAUAAAGACUACAAGAGAUGCCUUGAACAGAGCCAGGCUGACAAUUCAAAGGUUAAUGCAGUGUAUGAAAACAUAACAGAAGCGGUUUCUAAACUCAGCAGUUUCUAUGGUGCUGCUGGAGGAGAGGGUAAUGAGAGCAGAGAUAUGCAGCAGGCGGCCACCUUCCUGUCACAGAUGUCCCUAGAAGACCAUCAGCAGGCUGAGGAGUGCUUUACACAGGAACUGACCACUUUCACCAAAAAGCAGUUCUUUCAAGGGAUUGCAGAAGUUGCAGGUAAUGACGAAGAAUCCAGGUAUGAAUUCCUUGACAUCAGCAGCCCUGAGAACCUGUUAAUAAGGGGAGAGAAAGCAGACGUCAACAUGUCAGAUUGCAGGGAGCUUGCCAGAUUACAGGCUAUAUACGCUAAAACAGAAUCUCAGUAUAUUAAUGCAGUGGUAGAGGAACAAAGUCUGGGUGCGGCAUGCAAGUAUGCAGAACAGAAACUGAGUGUGUUGAGAAAGCAAAGAUGCACACAAGAUGUCAGUCAGCUCAGCUCCCAACUUCAAGAUGCCCAGUCUUCCCUAAGUGGCUUACAGAAAGGACUGGCCAGGUUCACAGAGAGCGAGCUUCCUGUCACCAUCAGACACAGUGCAUCACUCCAGGAGUCCAGAAUUCUGAGAGGAGACUAUGAUCUGAAGAUUGCUAGGCAGAAUUAUUUUUCAGACAACCAAGACAAGGUUGUGGAGGAGCUGAUCAAACAAAGAUCAAGAAAUGAAUUCCUGACGAUGGCCUAUGAAGCCGAAGAAAGGGGUCACAGAGAUACCCAUAGACUUCUCACUGCUGUCUCCUUAAAACUAAAAAGAAACCUGAAGGAAGUUCAGAACCGAUUGGAAAUGAUGGCAGAUCCUGGUUUAUCGGGCAUGAGGUACAAAAGAAAUACAAUUGACUCCAGAGACAAAUUUCUCAACCGUCUUUAUGAAAUCACUGCUGGAGAACAGGAAGAAAAUGAGAACUUGUUCCAGACAUUUGCUGGUCUUGCUGAGGGCACUGGGAGACUCCACCAGAGAUUGGUCUCACUCCAGGGUGCUCUGACCUCUGCUAACAGCAGUGAGGACCAUAUGUUGGCUGUACUGGAGAAGAAUCUUUCAUCUUGUGAGGCUCUUGUAUACUCCGGAUCAUCAAGCACAGCUGGUCAGCCUUUGUUAAGUCCACAGAAAUUAUUGGACAGCAUGGCUGCCCUGGAUGAUAUGUUGAAGAAGUUGGAGCAUACCAUCAUGGAUGCUAUUAAAGACCUUGAUGCCAAAAAGAAGAUAUUAAAAACUGACCCACUACAGAAAACUGAGAGACAGCUAUUUUAUUACUUUCACAACAAUCCACAAAGACUUGAAGAUGCUCUACAAGAUGUUUCAGCACGUCUCCAAGCACAGCAGAUUUCAUAAAGGGCAGCACCUUUUCUUUUUGCAGAGUAUGAAUUAUGUUUUGUAUGUACUUGUACUGUAAGGGUGCAUGAUGCAAUUCAAGACUUGUAUGUACCCUCUACUGGCUGGCAGAUAUUAUAGGCAAUUUUUCAAAAAGCCACCCUGUGACUUUUGGCCAGAUUGAAGCAAUUAAAUCUGCACACACACAGAUGGCACUGUACCCGAUGUGUAGGGAGCUACUACAGGAGAUCCUCAGUUGACUUCAAUCUGAACUAACAAGCUAUUCCUAAGGGGCUAUUUUUAUUUGUCACAAAAGAGCAAGUGAUUAAAAUCAGAGCAAUUACCCGUCUUGAUUGCUGUUAAGGGUGCUUAGCUUAGGCCUGUUGAGUGGCAGUGCCUGAGCAGUUAUCCAUACAAUGACACGCAAGAAAGUUAAUAAAAGCAAAGAAUGGUUUGAUUUGGUGUACAA